AAACCAAAAAUCAAGUCAUAAUUUAGUUUUUUCGUUUUUCAAAAAAAAACGAAAAAACGAAAAAAGGAGUUGUUUUCUCGUUUUUAUAUAUGAAAGCAAAAACAAAUGAACGAACGAUACCCGGACCCAAGGGUUUGAGGCGGGUGUCCAAACAUGCUGUCUAGGUAGGGAGCUCGCUCGAUUUUGAGACACAUCCGCUGUUUAUAGUUUCAUCUUGUGCUUCGAGCUCAAACAGUUCACGCGGUGAUCUCCUCCAACCACAUCCUGGCAUUCAGUGAGAGCGACUGCGAUCUUUCUUUUCACUCUACUUAAUCAUCAUCAUCAUCAUCAUCAUCAUCAUCAUCAUCAUCAUCGAUAUAGAUGAUUAAACGCCCUCCUCUUCUCUCCUCGUGUCUGUUUGCUGUAGUUAUAUCCUGCGGGUGUUUCUAAAUAUAUUUUAGCUGUAUUUAAUGCAAUAAUGAGCUGUCAUGAGUUGGAUAUAAGAAGACGUCGGAAAGACGCUUUUUGAACAUUACGGCCAGUGUUUUCGGUGGAUUUGAUUUAAACGGAACGCGUCUGACCCACAUGAGUGGAGUUACAACCUUUAUAGAAGCAAAUAGACCCAGCGACAUUUGUGGACAUUAUGCAGACAUGCUUUUGUGUGCCCUGGAGCGCAUCCUGUUGUGUUUAGGAUAACAUCUGCAAUGGAGUUGUGCAAACAAACAUGUACAUCAAACACGAGGAUCUUAUUUCAUUGCCUUCGUUUUGGAUAUAAAGGACAGGUUAAUGCGUUUUCAAUGUAAUUGCAAUUUUAUUACGGACCAUUUCUAUGAUACGUGAAGCAAAACAAAUGGUUCCUUGGAUACAGUUUGAUGGUUUUCUAUAACUGGGUUGUGUAAAUCGUUCUCCAGCACCAGUGAUGUUUCUCCAAGUUUCAGCUAACUCAUCAGUGGAGCGCAUUUGAAUUACUGGAUCACUUUUGUUGCUUUUUUAAAAGUUAUUGCUGGUUGGUUAAAUGAAAGGCAACAUGCAUCUAGGAGUUGAGGAAUCCAUUAGGGAGUGCCAAUACAAUCAGAUCUGUACUCGUAACACCUCACCCAUGGAGACCCCUCACACGACGAAGUUCAAAAGGAAAUGGCAGGUUUUUCCUGGCCGAAAUAAGUUCUAUUGCAACGGUAGGAUCAUGAUGGCCAAGCAGACCGGGGUCUUCUACCUUACAAUGGUUCUCAUUCUGGUGACCAGUGGCCUUUUCUUUGCCUUUGACUGCCCAUUUCUUGCAUCUAACCUGACUCCUGCCAUCCCAGCCAUUGGAGGAGUGCUGUUCUUCUUUGUAAUGGGAAUGCUGCUCAGAGCAAGCUUCACCGACCCAGGCGUCCUGCCCAGGGCCACACCAGAGGAAGCGGCAGACAUAGAGAGGCAGAUAGAUGCAGCCAAUGGUCCGAGUGGUCCAGGGUAUAGACCGCCACCCAGAACCAGAGAGGUGGUCAUUAAUGGUCAGACGGUCAAGCUGAAAUACUGUUUCACCUGCAAAAUGUUUAGACCACCGCGGGCAUCACACUGCAGCCUGUGUGACAAUUGUGUGGAGAGAUUCGAUCAUCACUGCCCGUGGGUGGGGAACUGCGUAGGGAGGAGGAACUAUCGCUUCUUCUACCUGUUCAUCCUCUCACUCUCCUUCCUCACACUCUUCAUCUUUGCCUUCGUCAUCACACACGUAAUACUGAGAUCCAACAGGACUGGCUUUCUCAGUGCUCUCAAAGAUAGCCCUGCCAGUGUUCUGGAAGUGGUGGUGUGCUUUUUUUCGGUCUGGUCCAUCGUUGGUCUGUCAGGUUUCCAUACCUACCUUAUCAGUUCCAAUCAGACCACCAACGAAGAUAUCAAAGGUUCGUGGUCAUCCAAACGAGGCAAAGGCAACUACAACCCCUACAGCUAUGGCAACUUCCUCACUAACUGCUGUGCUGCACUGUGUGGGCCUCUACCACCAAGUUUGAUUGACAGGAGAGGAUUUGUCCAACCAGACACCCCACAGCCUGCAGCCCAGACAAAUGGCACCAGUGCCUUCCUCUCCAAUCAAGUCCAGAGUCACAUGUGUGAUCAAAACCAGUGCAUUCAGAGCACCAAAUUCGUUUUGCAGGCCGCCACCAACCCGCUCCUCCACAGCCAGCCAGUCAUUCUGGGUGGAGGCCCCGCCCUGCAGGCCAAGACAUCUCUGGGAGGCCCGUGUUCUACUUUGGGGCCCUCUCAGCCCUCACUGCCCUCCUCUAUCCCCAGCCUGAGCUGUGGGGGAGAGUUUAUGGCCCUGCGGGACUCAGAGAUCCACUGCCACAAUCACCUCCACCAUCAACAUUUCAUCAGCCCGGAGGAGACGCCCUCUCCCCCUGAAGUGCUGCCCAGUGCCAGCCACCUGGGUCACCACAUUCAUCCGACACAGCUCUUUGACCCAGUCAGCCAGGACUCGCUCCAUGAAGACUCUGUGCGGGGUUUGGUGAAGCUUAGCUCGGUGUGAACUGGUUUCAAUGUUAUGCUGCUGAACUGGACAAAAAGCCAUAUUUUACACACAUACAGCAGCCUCUACUGGACGUUAACAACACUUUGAUGGAGGUAGCAACUUAACAACUUUCUGAGUACCAAGAGAAGACCAAAGAUUGUCUUCCAAAUCCACUAUUCCAGAACUGAGCUGUUUUCAAUAGCAGCAGCACUAAAAGUGGCAUUUUUACAAACUAUGAUUAGAAGCAAAAAUUUAUAGAAAAUUGGAAAAAAUACAAAAGGGACCAGACUGUGUAUUUAUAUUCUUUAAUUAGGGAAUGAACUACUCAUUUCACAAAGCAUUGCAAAUGACAUAAUAAUCAAAUCAAAAACAGCUUACAAUAUUACACAAUUGAAUUUUGUUCAUAAAUGUAUGUACACAUAUAUAUAAUUAAAUACACACAGUUGAAGUCAGAAGUUUACAUACACCUUUGCCAAAUACAUUUAAACUUUUUAGUUUUUAACAAUUCCUAACAUUUAAUCGUACAAAACAUUCCCCCUUUUAGGUCAGGUAGGAUCACUACUAGAGAAUGGAUUAGUUUAGCUUUUAUUUAUUUCAUAACAUUCCCAGUAGAUCAGAAGUUUACAUACACUUUGUUAGUAUUUGGUAGCAUUGCCUUUAAAUUGUUUAACUUGGGUCAAACCUUUUGGGUAGCCUUCCACAAGAUUCUUACAAUAAGUUGCUGGAAUUUUGGCCCAUUCUUCCAGACAGAACUGGUAUAACAAAGAUAACUUUUUAGGCCUCCUUGCUUGCACACACUUUUUCAGUUCUGCCAUCAGAUUGAGGUCAAGGCUUUGUGAUGACCACUCCAAAACCUUGACUUUGUUGUCCUUAAGUCAUUUUGCCACAACUUUCAUUGUUCAUUUGGAAGACCCAUUUGCGACUGGGCCGUAACUUCCUGGCUGAGGUCUUGAGAUGUUGCUUCAAUAUAUCCACAUAAUUUUCCUUCCUCAUAAUGCCAUCUAAUUUGUGAAGAGUUUUGGAGCAAUGGCUUACUCCUUGCCAAGCAGCCUUUCAGGUCAUGUCGAUAUAGGACUUGUUUUACUGUGGAUAUAGAUAUUUUCUACCCGUUUCCUCCAGCAUUUUCACAAGGUCCUUUGCUGCUGUUCUAAGAUUGAUUUGCACUUUUUGCACCAAACUACGUUCAUCUCUAGGAGACAGAAUGCGUCUCCUUCCUGAGCGGUAUGAUAGCUGCAUGGUAAUAUAGUGUUUAUACGUGCAUACUAUUGUUUGUACAGAUGAACGUGCCUUCCGGCAUUUGGAAAUUGCUCCCAAGGAUAAACCAGACUUGUGGAGGUCCACAUUGUUUUUUCUGAGGUCCUGUCUCAUUUCUUUUGAUUUUCCGGCAUUUGGAAAUUGCUCCCAAGGAUAAACCAGACUUGUGGAGGUCCACAUUGUUUUUUCUGAGGUCCUGUCUCAUUUCUUUUGAUUUUCCCCAUGUUGUCGAGCAAAGAGGCACUGAGUUUGAAGGUAGGCCUUAAAAUACAUCCACAGGUACACCUCCUAUCAAAAGCUAAUUGCCUAAAGGAUUGACAUAAUUUUCUGGAAUUUUCCAAGCUGCUUAAAGGCACAGUUAACUGACCAUUGGAAUUGUGAUAUAGUCAAUUAAAAGUGAAAAAAUUUUCUGUAAACAAUUGUUAGAAGGCACUACAUGUGGCUUUCAGAUGCGAAAGUAGAAGUGGAGAUAAACCAUUAAAAAAGAACUUAAAUAUUGAUCUGUUACUCACCCACAAUUUUUUUUUGGUAGUUUAGUAGAUGUUCUAAAUGACUUGCUAAAACUAUAGUUUGCUAAUAUUAAAUCUGUGGAGUGGUUAAACAAUUAGUUUUAAUGACUUCAUCCUAAGUGUAUGUAAACUUCUGACUUCAACUGUGUGUGUGUAUAUAUAUAUAUAUAUAUAUAGUGCAUUCAGAAAGUAUUCAGACCCCUUACAUUUUUUAACAUUUUUCUAUGUUGUAGCUUAUGCUAAAAUGCUUUAAAUAAUUUUUUUCACAUCAAUCUGUUCUCUAUACCCCAUAAUUACAAAGAAAAACUAUAGUUUUUGAUAACUUUGCACAUUUCUUAAUAAGAAAAAGCUUAAAAAUCACAUUGACAUAAGUAUUCAGACCCUUAACUCUGUACUUAGUUGAAGCACCUUUGGCAGCGACAGCCUCAAGUUGUUUUGUGUAUGAUGUGACAAGCUGUGCACACCUGGAUUUUGGGAUUUUCUGGAAUUCUUCUCUGCAGAUCCUCUCAAGCUCUGUCAGGUUGGAUGGGGACCAUCGGUGGACAGCCAUUUUCAGGUCUCUCCAGGGAUGUUCAGUCCAAGCUCUGGCUGGGCCACUUAAGGACAUUCAAAGGGUUGUCUACUCUUGUGCUGUCUUGGCUGUGUGCUUAGGGUCACUGUCCUGUUGGAAGGUGAACCUCGGCCCAGUCGGAGUUCCUGAGUGCUCUGAACCAGGUUUUCAUGAAGGAUAUCUCUGUAUUUUGCUGCAUUCAGCCUUCCUUCAACCCUGACCAAUCCCCCAGUCCCUGCCUCUGAAAAACACCCCCACGUUAUUAUACUACCACCACCAUGCUUCACCGUUGGGAUGGUAUUGCGCAGGAUAUGAGCAGUGCCUGGUUUCCUCCAGACAUGAUACUUGAAAUUGAGGCCAAACAGUUCAAUCUUCAAUUCAUCAGACCAGAGAAUCUGGUUUCUCACAGUCUGAGUGUCCUUUAGGUGUUUUUUUGUGUGUCUUGCAAGUUUUUUGCGAGUUUUAUUGUGAUGCGUGUCCUGCAAGUUUCUCCCAUCUCCACACAUAAUCUCUGGAGCUCAACCAGAGUGACUAUUGGGUUCUUUGUCACCUCUCUUACCAAGGCCCUUCUCCCCCAAUUGCUCAGUUUGGCCAGGCUGCCAGCUCUAGGAAGAGUCCUGGUUGUUCCAAACUUCUUCCAUUUAAGAAUUAUGGAGGCCACUGUACUCUUGGGAACCUUCAGUGCAGCCAAAUAUUUUUGGUACAAUUCCCCAGAUCUGUGCCUCGACACAAUCCUGUCUCUGUGCUCUGCAGGAACUUCCUUUGACCUCAUGGCUUGGUUUUUGCUCUGAUAUGCAUUUUCAGCUGUGAAACCUUAUAUAGUCAGGUGUGUGCCUUUCCAAAUCCUGUCCAAUCAAUUGAAUGUGCCACCAUUGGACACCAAUCAAAGUGUAGAAACAUCUCAAAGAUAAUCGAGAGAACUUGGAUGCACCUGAGCAAAAUUUCAAGUUUCAUAGCAAAGGGUCUGAAUAUUUAUGUCACUGUGAUAUUAGAAAUAAAACAUAAAUUAAAUAAAGUCAUCAAAAAUAUAUUUUUUGUUUUGUCAUUAUGGGGAAUGGAGUGUAGACUGAUGUGAGAAUUUUUUUUUUUUAUAGCAUUUUAU